AUGGAGUGUAAGUUUGGCGUUUUUGGAGACGAUGCGAUGCGACAGACAGGCACACGCAGGCUGUCACAUGCGUGCUUGGUAGCAUCGAUUUUUUUGGGCGGCAACCCGAAACAGGAAGCAGACAAACCAAUUUGCCUAUUUUUUGCCGGUCCGGCUCGCUGGUGUUUCUUCCGGGACUUUGCUUUUAAACGCGCCGUCUUCCGGCUUCCGGCCUUGCAUGAGUCUCCACGGAGGUUGUUUCGAUGCUCGUAUCGAGCUUGGACGUUUUUAACUAUCUAA